GGACUAGCAUGGAGAGUCAUUAUAUUUUAUAUAUGGGGAUGAACCCCAUGAUAUAUUUGGCUAUUCCUACUUCCAAACAGCCUCGGCUACUGGCCCCCUUCAUUCGUUGACAAGGGGAAAGUACGGCAAAUGUAUUUCGAAGAAGCCAGGAAGUAAUAUCACAUCGUGACUCAUUUUGUGAACCCGACAAUAAGUUAUUACUUUGGCAUAAGAAAACUUUGUUGAAGAGUGAAAGUUCUCAAGCACAUACAUAUUUUCAUAUAUUACUCUGAAUGUGACACCUGACUGGCUCGUCUUUUUACUUCCGGUGAAAGUCAUCGUUCUCUUUAGUUUGGAUCAUGUGGAGUGAUCGAGUGACGUUAACAAAUUUUAAAGGUAGUUUCUGGAACAAAAUUGUUCUGGACAAAAUUCUGGAAUCCACACUUUGAGCAAACAGAUCUACGACUCUUAAAGAUAUUCAAUCACAAAUUCUGGACAAUUUCAACAUGAAGAUUAAACAUCGCAUUGGAUCCUGCAUGACAAACUUUUGCUCCUUGCAAAACCAUUUAAUCGAGAUUGAGCCGCAGCACCGGAAAUGGCGUCGGAUUCACGGAAUGGAGCUGCCACUCCACCCCCAGCAGAUUCUUGUCUGGGUCUUGAUGACCCUUUUCCUCAUCUUCACAUAUGUAUUCCUAAUCCCCGACCUUCCUCCAGCCUACGCGCUUCCAGUCUACAUUGCCACCAGCAUUACUUAUGCCACGAUGAUGAUUUCCUACUUUGCUGCCACCCUCAUUGACCCCGGUCAUCCCGCCGUAAGGUCAGCAAAGCUAAGAAAACCCGUUCCUGAAUUCGACCGAACCAAACACGCCCACGUCAUCGAGAAUGGGCGCUGUCACUUGUGUAAUAUUACCGUGUUUCAUCAAAGGACAAAACAUUGCAGCAUUUGUAAUAAAUGCGUGGAUAAUUUUGACCAUCACUGCCGCUGGCUGAAUCAAUGUGUGGGAGGACGAAAUUACAAGUUUUUCGUGAUUACAGUAGUGUCUAGCAUUUUGGCUUGCGCCUUGAUUAUUUCGUUCAGCGUUAUAGUUCUUGUUCGAAUCUUUACGACAAAUGGAAUUUCCAACGAACCCCUCCGCCUGGAUUAUAACGGUGAUAAUAACACUGUUGGGAACUUCAGCAUCAGCAAUAAUCACUCCCGCAUCGCCCAAAAACCAGAGUCCAGAGAGCUACCAAAAAAAUUGAACAUCAGCGACCUCGCCGACCACGAUGGUUUGUCCGUUCUAAACGAGAAAAACACGGCAAUUUCCAAUAAUAGCAUUAAUAAUACUAAUAAUAACUCCAGAAUAACCAAGUCAUAUCUGAUCGACGAGUAUCGAGUGCCAAAAACAGUGAUGUACAUCUUUGUAUCAGUCAUAUGUAUCGUAGCUGUAGGAAUGCUGAUUCAUCUCCUCGUGUUUCACAUUUACAUUGGGUGCAAAGGUCUCACCACGUACGAGUAUUUGAAACCAACCCCCAUCGUAUUCAAGCCACCUGAUGAGGAGAUAAAGGACUUGGACGGCAUUGAGGAGACACGUCACAACGGCAAAAACGGGUUCUCUCGGAGACAAACCAUCGAAAGUGUCAAAGAUAGUCACGAGAGGAUUAAUAUUGAGAACAAAAGUUCAAUUGAGCAACAGUCUGAGGACGACAUUUGGUCGACAAUGACGGAGAUUGACCUAAACGCUCCAGAAGGAGCGACAUUACCACGAGUAGCAAAUACUAAUCAUCGUCCUUCGAGCGGUCAAGAAACUAACCUCGUAAGAUCGAACAAUUUGAAAAAUUCUAACGGAACGGAUGAAACACUUCACAAAAAAUAUUUUAAAAGCAUUUCCAAACCAUAUCGAGGUUUAACUGGAUUGCUUGGAAAAAAUUCCAAUAAAAUUAAUCCAAGAGCUAGUAUACACAAUGAUGAGACAAAUACUACAUAAUGCAAUGCGGAAGUUUGGUUACCAUUCCGGCAACCCAUUUUAUAAUUUGAUAUGAGAUAAGUAAUUCUUAAUAUUUUUGAUUUCUUCUAAUUUGCUCAUAAACUCAUCUUUUUAUUAUGUUCAACGUUUUUCAUAUUUUUCUUUUUGACAUGUACAUAACGCUACACUCAAUUUUAUUUAUAACAGUCAAUUAUUGUAAUCAUUAUUUCUCAAUUCAAUUUUAGAUGAAUUUUAUCUCUGAGAGAAAUGCAUAUUGUUUUGUAAAAUAAUCUAAAUAAUAUUUAGAUUAAAUUAAUUUGAAAUAUUAUGCAAGAUUUCACAAGAUAAGCUGCAUGCAUUCAAAAUUACGGUUAUUAAUAUUGAGGACUAUGUUCUAUAUAUAUUUUCACACUGAUGAUAAAUAUGGAUUGUGUCAGUCAAAAUUAUAUAAUUAUGUUGUGUGCAUAUGUGAAUAUAUUUAUGUAAAGUUUGUAGUUCUUUAAACAUUUUUCAUUAUCAUGUAGUUUUCGUUGUAUAUUAUUAUUGUAUAUUGUGUAUUUUGUUGCAAAGUUGUAUGUACAUAUGUAUGUAGGUAUGUAUGUAAUAUAAAGUGAGCUGUAGAAAUGUCGGUUAACUUCUCAGGGAAAUAAUUAAUUUUGGUGUAUUAAUUAAUGUUAAAAUUAAUGUAAUUGUGUACAAAUGUCUGCAUUAUCUGUUUUAUUAGAGAUUUUUUGCAAUAUAUUUUUGCUUGUCAGGAGGACACCAAGAUAUAAUGAAGGCAAUGAUCAAAUUUAAUGAGGGUGAAGAGUAUGUAUUUUGUGUACAAUUCUGUCAAAUAAACUACUCAAAAAUAAAUAUACUUAUCUCAAAAUCA